AUGGCGGUCAAGCAGAGUCAACAGUUCAAGUCCCUUGUAGCACUGAGCCCAGACAGAGCUGAUGUCUUGGCUGCCAUACCAAUAGCCCAACAAUAUUCUAUAUCUUCCCUCUACACUUUAUGCCAUCUCCUUGAGGAACUACCUGGUCCAUGGCCAGUCUUCGAACUCAUCAAGACGUACACACGACUCUACACCCAACUCCCAGAAGAUGCCAAGACCAACAGCACUCACGAGCUUUCAUCCCUAAUCAAGCAAGCUUCAGCGCUAGUCAAAAGCUCGUAUACAUCCUUUGCGCAAUUCAUUGGCCACGAUGACAAGCCAGCCCUACGAGCCCCCACAGAUGAGGAUGUCAUCACCCAUCGCGAACUACGACAAUUCGUGGACACCUUCCAACUUCCUGUUGACGCAUCGAUCAAGAGACCUGUUGUUUCCAUCGCGCUACCAAACGGUCCCUUAUUAGCAGCGACUUGCAUGGCUGUUACGACUUACUACACCGCAUCACCUAUCAACCCCGCUGCAGGACCAGAACAAUUCCGAGCAGACAUUCUUCAAGCGCGAGCAGACUUUAUCCUCACAACGAAGGAUGAGUACAAGAAACUACAGCUUGAUGCCAAUUGGGUAUCAGAUAGCUAUAUCAAGAUCUUCAUCAUGGACUGGACUCGAGAUGAGGGCAUUUCGCUAAGGACAGUCGAUGGAGAAGCUAUCCCCACCGGCAGCGCUGAACGAGUCGCUAACAAGGCUGAUGACAUUGGGUUGAUCCUCUUCACGAGUGGAACUUCGGGUACCAAGAAGGUAGUUCCACUGACAGUCCAUUCUAUCAUUGCCGGCGUCGCUUUCGUCAUCGAAUCAUGGGGUCUCACAGCUGAAGACAUCUGUCUGAACAUGAUGCCGCUCUACCACGUCGGGGGAUUAGUCCGAAACAUCUUUGCGCCAAUCUUCUCCUGCGGCUCAACAGUCUGCUGUCCCUCCUUCGACGCCAAUCUGUUUUGGGACGUGGCUGAGACCAUUCAGCCAACAUGGUACUACGCUUCACCGUCUAUGCACUCUAUCAUCAUCGCAGAAGCAGCAGCGCGACCAGAAGCUUUGAAGAGGAGUCGGAUACGGUUGGCUUGCAACGCUGCUGGGGGUUUACUACCUUCUUUGGCGUAUCAACUGAGGGACACGUUCAACUGUGUCGUCUUGCCGAGUUACGGAAUGACAGAGUGCAUGCCAAUUUCUUCACCUCCACUAGAUUAUCGUCUCGAUCGCGAAGGUACAUCAGGUAUCAGCACCGGCCCCGAACUCACCAUCCUCGACUGGUCCGAACAAACCGUCACAAACGGCACAGUCGGUCGCAUUUGCGUCCGCGGCGAACCUGUCUUCCCAGGGUAUCUCAAACCCGAUGGUACAUACGACAAAUCACCAUUCAACGAGGCUGGCUGGUUCGAUACUGGUGAUCUUGGAUAUAUGGACGAUGAUGGAUAUCUUUACAUCACUGGUCGGAGUAAAGAAGUUAUCAACCGUGGUGGAGAGCUGAUUUCUUCAUUUGAAGUUGAGAAUGCGAUCAUGACGGCUUCGAGAGAAAGUGACUCUCCCAUCUAUGGAAGGGUGUCACAGGCUUUGGCGUUUUCAGCAUCGCAUGAUGUUCUUCAAGAAGUCGUCGCUAUUGUUCUCGUCACGCCUCCCGAUACUCCCCGUGUUGAUCUGAGGACUCUUCAUGGCGCUUUGAAGUCUUCUCUUCAGCAGGCAAAGUGGCCCGUCUUGAUCACCUACAUGGAAGACCUUCCCAAGAACAACAACAAGGUUCUACGUAUCAGGCUCGGCCAACGGCUGGGUCUUCCUUCUGUUACUGAUGAUACACCUUACAUGGGGAGACACUGGGAUGCUGUUUGUCCUCCGCCUGAUGCACCCUUAUCAGAGUCUAUUCAGUGCUUGCCUUGCUCUAUUGACUACACAAAGCUUGCAACUCAUAUUCAGAGCAUCGCUCCAGACCUGGAUGCCUUUUGCCUUCCCAGCGCUCAUGAUGGUUCUCCAGAAGCUGUACUUGCGCCUAAAGCUGAAGGUGCUAUUGACUCCGAUAUCCCCGGCAGCAUUCGGCACCAAUUGGCAUCAAUCAUCGACAACUACAUGAUCCCUACCGAGAUUCACAUUAUGACUCACCCAUUCCAAAAAGACUCAUCCGGAAACAUCAACGUCGAAGUACUCCGCGCAGAACUCGAGCAACUUCAAAUGGCUUCUAUGAACGAACUGGCCGCCAGCACAGAAGGACUCGUCACCAAAGCCUUCGCCGAAGUCCUAUCCCUCCCACCAGCAGACAUUCCCUGCGACGCAGACUUCUUUAGUCUUGGCGGUGACUCUCUUCGCGCUGGUCGUCUUCUCUCGAUGCUUCGUACCGAGUUCUGCAUCAGCCUCCCCAUCACAGCAGUAUUCAACGGCGGCACUGUUACUUCCAUCGCGGUGCAUAUCGACAGGAUGCUCGAUUGUAAGACUGAUGAGUCUGAUCAGCCUAGUGCCAUCGUCGGAUGUACCGACACUUGCAGUUCCACCAACCCCUUCCUAAUGACCCUCCAGCUCUUCCCCCUCGUGAUCUUCUACCCGCUACGACGUGCCAUCCAGUGGACAAUCUUCUUCGUAACCCUCGCCCACUCUCAAAAACUCCCCACCAACCACUCCCUCCCCGGCCGUUUCCUCAACCUCACCGUCUCCAUGCUCAUCGCCCGUAUCAUCAUGGGCUUUGUAUCACCCAUCAUUGGCAUCAUCUGCAAAUGGCUCAUCAUCGGUCGCUAUCGAGAAGGACUGUACCCCAUGUGGGGAAUGUAUCAUACCAGAUGGUGGCUUGUGCAAAAGAUUGUUGCUAUCUGCGGCAAAGGCUUCUUUGAUGCGAAUGAGAUGACGGAGAGGAUUUACUGUCGGCUGAUGGGUGCCAAGAUUGGUAGGAAUGUUAAGCUUGAGGGCGCGGCGAUCGGGGAAUGGGAUUUGAUUGAGAUUGGUGAUGAUUGCAAUCUCACAAAGUGCAUCUGCCGUCCUUUUGCUGCUGAGGGGAAUACGUCGAUGUAUCUUGGUCGCAUCACCAUUGGAAGCAACUGUUCUGUUGGAAUGUCUUCAAUCAUUGCGCCCGGAACGACCAUGCCGCCUAAUACAUGCCUAGGCUUCAACUCAUCGAGCUGGGAGAUGCAGGACGCAAGUGAGGAGUAUAGGGAGCAACUUCCAAGCGAGAAGCCCAAGCCUCACUGGGUGUUGAACCUGCUAUUCACCAUGCCACUUAAACUCAUCGGUCUGUUCCUCUCUGCAGUUCCUUGGAUGGCUGGUCUUGUCGGUAUGGUCACUACACAGGGUCAAAAGGUUAACCAUAAGGCUCCAUUGAGAAGCAGUGUGGACUGGUUUACUCAACCAAACCGAAUUGCCUAUCAUUACCUCGCUCUUGCUCUCGGGUGCCUUUUCGGUCCUUUCUUCCUCUUCGGGUUCGUCAUCUUGGUCAAGUCUACUCUGGACUGCCUCUUUGGCAAACUCAAAGCCAAUUCGCGAUCCACGGUGGAUAUUUGGAGGGCGACCUUGAUCAAGACGCUGUUGCCUGAGGGGAAGCUUCAUCGGAUGACUUCUUUGUUUGGGCAGCACUACGAGGCUACGUCUAUUGCGCUAAGAAUGCUAGGUGCUAAGAUUGGUGAGCGUGUGUACUGGCCUGGUACAGGACCUAGCAUCGGCGACUACCAUCUUAUCGACGUUGGUAACGAUGUAGUCUUUGGCUCACGUUCUCAUCUCGUCACUUCUGAUGGGAUCGGGUCUGAGAAGGUCACCAUCCACGACCGUGCAAUGAUCGCUGAUCGUGUUUGUCUUCUCCCUGGCGUCACUGUCGGUGAGCGUACUACCAUGGGAUCUGGUGCCUUGACCAAACGAAAUGGCACCUAUGUCCCUGAAGGCACUUAUGUCGGCUCCAAGGCUGGCGAUGCAGUCUGCUUGUCAACCGGUAGUGACACCAAGGUCUCUCGGUCUCACAUACGUAACAUGCAGUCGGAGGAUACCCUCACCAACGACAAGAAGUUCAACGAUGAGAAGGACCGUCCUGAUACACAGCCCAGUAUCACAUCUGGGAGUGACACUGAGGGCAGCGACGGCAAAGAUGACUGGGCACAGCAUCUCUCUCCAUUCGGUCGAGCUUUCUACCUCAAGCUAGCACCUUACUAUAUCCUCGGCCCCUUCGCCAUAUUCCUCUACUCUGCGUUCUUCACAGUCUUCACCGCUGUGUACUGGGAUGUACCCAGCGUCUCAUCCAUUCAAUUUGUGGGCAUCAUGUUCCGAAGCUCUUUUCCCCGUGGAAUGAACGUCUGGUUUGACCUUGUCGCUAUCUUCUUGACCAUGUUGGCCGGCAUCGCUGUCCUCUCCACCAUCCAAUCCGUUCUUGCGCUGAUAAUUAUCAUUGGAUCAAAGUGGCUACUCAUGGGCCGUCGCAAGGCUGGUAACUACGAUUGGGACAAGUCUCCGUACUGCCAGCGCUGGCAGAUCUUUCUCGGCAUUGAGCGCCUUCGCCGACAAUGCUACAAAGGGAAUGGUAUCCUGAACCUUCUCACAGGGACUCACUGGAUGGUCAUGUACUUCAAGCUCAUGGGUGCGAAGAUUGGCAAAGACUGCGCACUCUUUGUCAACGGCACCCCAAGCCUCAUGUUUACUGAACCAGAUCUUAUCACCCUUGGCGAUCGCGUGGUAGUAGAUGAUGCCAGUGUCGUCGCACACAUCAACACGCGUGGCAAGUUCGACCUGAACAGGGUUGAGAUUGGCGACAGAUGCGUACUCCGAACAGGAAGUCGACUUUUAAGUGGUGCGCAGAUGAAGAGUGAUAGCUGCUUGCUGGAACAUACCCUUAUCAUGGGUGGCGACGUUGUGGAGGAGAGGAGGACAAUGCAAGGUUGGCCGGCGGAGGAGUUUAGCGGAAAACGGAUUUGA